UCGCUAGGUAACAACAGCAACCAACAACUGGCUUUAAAAUCGCAAGGGGAUUGAAAGAAAAUUAAAGAUAUUGAGAAAUAUUGAGAAAAUACUUAAGCAUGAAUGAUUUAUCAGAUGUUACCAUAGUACCCUUGGAGAAUUCCAAUUUCGUGCAACCGUUUCGCAUGCUUUUCAAACAUGCUGGCAAAGACAGAUUAUGGGAUCUUGUUAGAGUGCAUGAAAGUGUGGCCAUCAUCAUUUUUAAUAUAUCCAAGAAAAAGCUGAUCUUUGUGAGACAGUUUCGCCCUGCUGUGUACAUAAAUUCCAUACCUCAAGAGGAUCGUACAAAUCCAAUUGAUACAGAGAAAUAUCCUGCUAAACUGGGUUUUACCUUAGAGCUUUGUGCAGGAAUAGUUGAUAAGAAAAAAACCCUUGCAGAAAUUGCAGCUGAGGAAGUACUUGAAGAAUGUGGAUACAAAGUUGAUCCUGAUAAACUGGAAUAUGUCAUUCAGUUUCAUUCUGGUGUAGGGCUCUCAGGUGAUCCUCAAACUGUUUUUUAUGCUGAAGUUACUGAUGAAAUGAAGGUGAGUUCAGGAGGAGGCAAUCCAGAGGAGGGAGAACUCAUUGAUGUAGUAGAAAUGAACAUAUCAGAAGUGGAAGAAUUCCUUGCUCAAAAAAGGGUUCCUAGUCCUGGGGGGUUUCUUUUUGGCUUGCAAUGGUUCUUCAAUAAAAAGGCAUCAUUGUUUGUCUCCUAAAGUGCAAAUCCGUUAGUUUUCAUAUCGUGUAACAAGUCAGCGAUUCAGUUUAUGAAACGCUGUAAUAAACAAUUUGGUCCACCAAAA